AUGGCGUCGUUCUCCUCGCCUCCAAGACUUCCCAAGGGGCUCAGACUGCGGCUGAGUCUUGUCGACUGUAACAAGACUCCUAACACCGCCGAACAAAUCGGAACCGAGCUCCGUUUGGUUGAUCGAACGACUGAACUGACCCAAAUAGUUCAGUCUAGAACCGUUCUUUUCUUUGAACUCGGUCCGGCUAUACUCGGUUUAAGAAGUAGUAUAGCCGCCCGGCUAUGCACGGCUUCUUCCUAUUUUUACUUUAUAAAUAGCCGCGGGGCUAUACUGGGUUUUGCGAAAAAUUUUAAAAGAAAUCGUAUUGCCGCACGGUUAAACCCGAUUUUUUUAAAUUAG